AUGUCUUCAAACGAGAAAUCCUCGUUAUCCAACGGUGACGCCCAGGAUGACUGGAAAGUCGACCCCUCGGUCUUCUCCUUCACACCCCGAAAACUUCGCGUAGUCUGCAUUGGAGCAGGUAUCUCGGGGCUAAGUGUUGCUUACAAGCUCAAACACGAGAAGCCCCUUGACUACGUCGAUCUUACUAUCUACGAGAAGAAUCCGGAGGUAGGCGGGGCGUGGUUUGAGAAUGUCUAUCCUGGUGUUGGAUGCGACAUUCCUGUUCAUAGUUAUCAGUUCCCGUUUGCGCCUAAUCCGAACUGGUCGAGUUAUUAUGCCAGUGGUAAAGAGAUUGAAGAGUAUAUCGUCAGCACUGCUGACAAGCUCGGCCUAAAAGAGAAGAUUAAAUUCAACAUGAAGCUAGUGAAAGCGAUUUGGAACGAGGUGGAGGGCAAAUGGAAGCUCCAGCUGGAACAGGGCAAAUUCAUACUAGAAGACGAAGCUGAUAUCCUACUCGAUGGUAGUGGCAUCCUAAACCAAUGGAGAUGGCCUGAUAUCGAGGGCCUUCAUACGUUCAAAGGAAAACUGGUACAUACAGCUCAGUGGGACCCUGAAUAUCACUGGAAAGGUAAGAGAAUUGCUGUCAUCGGCAACGGCUCGUCCGGCGUUCAGAUUAUCCCUUCUCUCCAACCCAAGGCUGCGAGGCUGGUUAAUUAUAUUCGACAUGCUACUUGGAUAUCCACGAACAUCUGUGGGCAUUUAACAAGAGACGGAAUGGGCACAAAUUUCGAGUACACAGAAGAGGAAAAGCAGCGGUUCCAGGAAAAUCCGGAAGAGCUUCUACAGUACAGGAAAGCCAUUGAUCAGGCUACCAACUCCGUAUUCAGACUGAUGAUCUCUGGAUCGGAGGAAAAUAAGGCCUUAUUCGAGGGUGUACAAGCAGUUAUGCGAAGUCGCUUGUCCAAAAAUCCCGAGUUAGCCAAGAAGUUGAUCCCAACGUACGAGAUUGGAUGCCGCCGUCUUAGUCCUGGCGAUGGUUAUCUUGAAGCCAUCCAGGCAGACAACGCUGAAGUAACUUUCAGCAAGAUCAAUCGAAUCACGCCAAACGGAAUCGAGACAGAUGAGGGGGAGGAAGAAUUCGAUUUAAUUGUCUGUGCCACUGGGUUCGACUACUCAUUUAUACCUCCUUGGGAGUUUAUCGGUCGCGACGGUCGCCGUCUAGACGAUGAAUGGAAAGACACCCCGGAGGCAUACUUUGCGACAUGUGCAGCCGGGAUCCCCAACUAUUUCAUGUUUGCUGGCCCAAACUGCCCCAUUGGCCAUGGCUCUGUUCCAGCCAUGCUCUACUGGUCAGCUGGCUACAUGCUGGAAUGGAUCGAGAAAAUUGCGACCGAGGAUAUCAAGUCGAUCGUCGUAAAAGACUCCAUAGUCCGUGACUAUAAUAAAUUUGCCCAAGAAUCCCUGAAACGCUGUGUCUGGUCCAAGGGCUGUCACGCCUGGUACAGUAAAAGGAACGAGGGCGCUGCCAACACUGUCACCGCAAUGUAUCCAGGGAGUGUACUGCAAUUUAAAGCCUAUAUGGAUAAGCUCCGCCCUGAGCAUUUCGAUAUUCAAUAUAACACCUCAAACCAGUUCAGAUUCAUGGGUAAUGGAGAACUAGCGUUUGAGCGGGAACCGAACGCUGAUAUGGCCUUCUACUUGAAGUAG